AUGGCGGACAAGGAAGCAACCGUCUUCAUCAUCGACCUCGGCGCGUCCAUGGCAGCUGUCAAUGGGGGUCGAGAAGAAUCCGACCUUGAUUGGAGCAUGAGCUACGUCUGGGACAAGAUCAGCAACGUCGUGGCCUCGAAUCGCAAGACGCUGUGCGUUGGCGUCGUGGGGUUCAGAACCGACGAGACAAACCACACGCUGAGCGAGGAUGGGUACGAGAACAUCUCCAUAUUGCAGCCCCUGGGGCCGAUGAGCAUGUCCAGCCUCAAGGCUCUUCAGCCCAAGGUGAAGCCGAGCAGGACGGUGGAAGGCGAUGCCAUCUCGGCGAUUGUCAUUGCCGUCGACAUGAUUGACAAGUACACGAAGAAGAACAAAUGGAAGCGGCAGAUUUCUUGUGAGGGCGUCGACUUUGAUGCUCCCGAUUACGGCUUCAAAGAGGAGGACAAACCUUCAGUCAAGAAGCAAAACGAAGAGACCCUAAAAAAGCUCGUGGAUGGCUGUGGCGACGACUCAAGGUUCGCCUCCAUGGUCGAGGCCAUUGACGACUUGAAUGAGCCACGAGCAAAGUCGGUCAAGCCUUACAAAACGUACGAAGGUCUCUUGACCUUGGGAGAUCCGAAAAACGCUCCCGCAGUGGUGGAAAUCCGCGUCGAGAGAUACUUCAAGACCCAUCUAGCCAGGCCACCUGCCGCCAGCACCGUGGUGGUCAAGGAGGAGCAAGCUGGGCCGUCUCAGGCAGACGAGGACGAACAGAUGGACGGAGCGGAACUUACAGCUGUGAGGCAGGCCAGGACAUACAAGGUCAAUGAUCCAGAUGCCCCUGGCGGUAAGCGUGACGUUGAGUUUGAGUCUCUGGCCAAAGGGUACGAGUACGGCAGGACGGCAGUCCACAUCAGCGAGUCUGAUCAAAACGUCACCAAGCUCGCGACAGAAAAGAGCUUCAAGAUCAUCGGCUUCGUCCAGAAAGAAAAGUAUGAAAUGCUCCUUAAUCUUGGCGAAACCUGCGUUACCGUUGCAUCCAAGUACGAUGAAAAGUCUGAGCUGGCUUUUAGCUCUCUGGUGUGGGCGCUCUCGGAGCUCGACGCCUACGCCGUGGCCCGCCUAGUAACUAAGGACCAAAAGGACCCCAUGCUGGUGUUACUGAUGCCGUAUAUGGAGCCUGAUUAUGUUUGUCUCUAUGAUGUGCCUCUGCCUUUCGCAGAGGACAUCAGGACGUACCAGUUUCCUCCCUUGGACAGAGUCGUUACCGUCAGUGGCCAAACGCUCACCAACCAUCGCCUAUUGCCAUCCGACGAGCUCAACCAAGCGAUGAGCGACUACGUAGAUGCCAUGGACAUUUCAAGUUAUGGUAUCGAUGAAGAUGGGCAACCGGCUGAAUAUGCCACCAUCGAUGAGUUAUACAACCCUGCGAUACAUCGCAUAGGCCAUGCGAUCAAACAACGAGCGAUCCACCCAGAGAAACCCGUGCCCGAGAUCCCCCCAGUCUUGCUUAGAUUCGCAGCACCCCCGACAGAACUCGUCGAGACUGUGCAGCCUCAUAUCGAUGCACUGAUUCACGCUGCAGACGUGAAGAAAGUGCCGCCCAAGGCCAAGGGCAAGCGCCAAAGAGAAACAGUUAAACCCAUCUCGGGACUGGAUGUGGAUGCCCUUCUGGGAGAAGAGCAGAAAGGUUCCAUUAGUCCGGAGAAUGCCAUUCCGGACUUCAAACGAGCCCUCAACUCGUCCGAAGAAGUCGAGCAGAUUGCCGACGCCACAAAACAAAUGGGGGCCAUUGUGCGGUCUCUCAUUACGGACAGCUUCGGGGAUAGCAAAUAUGCCCAGGCAAUGGAAGGCAUUGGUGCGAUGCGUGAGGAGCUGAUCAACCUGGAAGAGCCUGGCCUGUACAACGACUUUGUGCGCGACUUGAAGAAAAGUUUGCUAUCUGGAGCCUUGGGUGGUGACAGGCGAGAUUUCUGGUUCAAGAUGAGGUGGGCGAAGCUGGGCCUGAUUGACAAGAAACAGUCGGAGGUGUCUUCGGUCACUCUUGAGGAGGCGGACGAGGUGAGUGGUGCAGCAUGCUGUCGGAUUAUACGGACGUUGUUUGCUAACUUGUGGGAUAGUUUUACAAGUCGAGGUGAGGUAUCUACGUUGACCAAGAAUGGGACCAUGUAUAUGAGCGGUGUAACAACAGAAUCCUGUGCUUUGAGCAUUGUAUGA